AAACGUUACAUUUUUGUGAUUUAUAUCGUUAUCGGACGAUAGAUGUCUUAUAUCGGGAUAUGAGAUUUUGGUCGUAUCACACAGCCCUACCUCAAACUGCUAAAUGUUUGAAUCCUUGACACAGUUGCAUAUUCCAACAGUUCCAGCAGGUCAAUGAUCCAAAACACAUCAGAACUGGUUUUGGAAUGAAUAGAGAGGGCUAACAUUUAACUUCUGGAAUAGCCUUUCCAAAAGACCUGACCUCAACCCUACUGGGUCUGUGCCAAAACACCAACCAGUUUUAACAAACUCUAUUAACCCUCUCAAGAAGAGUGUGGUCAAAUACAAGAAUUUCGCCACAGUCUUUCUAAUUGCUACCAAAGCCAGUUGGCCAUAAUGCAACGUGGAACAUUUAACCAAAUAAUUGUGACUUGCGAUCAGAGAAAAUCCAAAAUGGAUUUUAAAGGCACUGAAGAUGACAAUAAUUUCUCCUGAGAAAAAGGACAGCUCAAAGAAAUCAUCAAACGUCCAGAAUUACCAUGGCAUUUAUGCCCAUGAUGAGUGUAUGUAAAAGUCUGACCACUACUGUAUACUUUGCAAGUGAUUAUAAAAAAGACAAAAGGAUAAGAUCAUUGUUUUAUUACUUCCCAACAGCAGUACAUUUGAGAAAAUACUUUGCAACUCACCAUAAAGAUAGCACUUGAUUGCACACUAACAUCUGCUCUGCUGUGAUCGUACUCUGCUGCAUGUGCUGCAGAUAGUGCUGAAAGUAUUGUAAACAACAGAGUCAGAGCUGUUCUGCAGGACAAGCUACGAGUUCACUACAUUCUACACUGUUUUCUUAAGUUCCCUAUUACCAAAUAUCAAACAACAUCAAGAUUUUUCCCGACUAAGAAUGGACGUUUGGUCGCCAACUAUGCCAACACCAGUAUAUAUGUGCCAUUUUCUUUAUCUGCUUAAACGACAGGAUUCCACUUUUAUUGCUGUUACCCAAAUUGGUGUUAAGCCCCCCCAAAAGUCACCUUUUUACUGCCCCAGUAUUUGCAGAAGUGUGCUUUAAAGGGUCAGCUCAAAAGAGUGACUUGGAGCAAAUAGGAAAGCUCUUUAAAAAACUGCAUUGUAAAGCAUAACCACCAGAGAGCACAAUAAGCCAGAGAUAACUUCUCUUUCAUGUUUUUAGUGGGUGUAACAGGCUUACCAAUGUCUUAUCAGUCGUCUGAAUUAACCCGCUGCACUGUGGUUUUGACAGGACUUUGCAUGCAUGCUAUUUUAAUUUUGUAUAUCUUUAUCAAACCAGUGUUAUCUCUUGUGAGUGAGAUAAAAGAAAAUGCCUUUAAAUGAUUCUGCACAGAAUUACUGGACAUGCAGUUGGCCAUAGAAACUGAAGCAGAGCACUUGAACAGGAAGCUUAACUUUAUGUGGUUAGCCAAGCAUCGCAGAGCCUUUGAGCACAUACAGGAAGUCCCAUCGAUGCUCUGUCUCAAAACGUACUCACUUUGCCUGUGAGCCGUCAUUCUCACACACCAAAAUAUUUGCCUCAAAAUGUCCCAGGGAAAGGAUCAGUCCUUCGCCAGCCGUUUUUUUAACAAAUACAAAAGUAAAGGUAGCCAAGAGAACAGAGUACAGGAGAGCGACGUGCCGCAUAUCUCUGAGUUCACCAUCAUGUGGGAUAAGUGCAUGAAAGAGUUCUUAGCUAAAGCCAAAGAAGACUUCUUAAGAAAAUGGGAGUGUCCACCACAGUGCACAACAAGCCUGGAUGACUUUGAAAGGUUCAAGACCCUGGGGACUGGAUCAUUUGGACGAGUAAUGCUCGUGAAACAUAAAGCAACAAACCAGUUCUAUGCCAUGAAGAUCCUGGACAAACAGAAGGUGGUGAAAUUGAAGCAGAUAGAACACACGCUAAACGAAAAAAAAAUAUUGCAGGCCGUCUCCUUCCCCUUCCUCGUCAGACUGGUGUACGCUUUCAAGGACAACUCAAACCUCUACAUGGUAAUGGAAUAUGUUCCUGGUGGAGAGAUGUUCUCACACCUCAGACGCACUGGGAGGUUCAGUGAACACCAUGCUCGAUUUUAUGCAGCUCAGAUCGUGCUCACCUUUGAGUACCUUCACUCCUUAGACCUCAUCUACAGAGACCUGAAGCCUGAAAACCUGCUCAUAGACCAACAUGGGUAUAUCCAGGUCACAGACUUUGGCUUUGCCAAAAGAGUAAAGGGCAGGACCUGGACGUUGUGUGGAACUCCUGAGUAUCUGGCUCCAGAGAUCAUCCUCAGCAAGGGCUACAACAAAGCUGUGGACUGGUGGGCUCUUGGAGUUCUUGUCUACGAGAUGGCUGCUGGUUACCCUCCUUUUUUCGCUGAUCAGCCUAUCCAGAUUUAUGAAAAAAUUGUUUCUGGCAAGGUUCGAUUUCCCUCUCACUUUAGCUCCGACCUCAAGGAUCUGCUGAGGAACCUGCUUCAGGUUGACCUGACAAAGAGAUUUGGGAACCUGAAGAAUGGUGUCAAUGACAUAAAGAAUCACAAGUGGUUCUCCACAACAGACUGGAUUGCCAUCUAUGAGCGAAAGGUUGAAGCUCCCUUCUUGCCAAAGUGCAGAGGACCAGGAGACACAAGCAACUUUGAUGACUAUGAAGAGGAGGAGAUCCGUGUAUCGCAAACAGAAAAGUGUGCGAAAGAGUUUGCUGACUUCUAGUGAACGAGCAAGAGUCCCAAUCAGGGCUCUUGUGUUUUGGGAUAUUUGCACUCCGCUGAGGGUUAAGAUGGAACUGAGGCCAUCACGUGCUCAAACAAAUGCCUAGUUCCUUCAGUCCACACAGCCGAAUGAGCUCCUUUUUUUGCCAUGAUCCUGCGUGCUGUUAGCACUAAUCUAUACACAGGCACAUUAUGCAGACACCCCUCGUGCUGCAACACAGAGUACCAGACCACGUUCCUGUUGUGUUUCUUUUUUUUACCUUGUUUUCUAUGUUUGCCACUGUCUGUGUCCUGUCGUCCCUUAUUUAAGUUCUUAUUUGAGAAGCAACUUGAAGACGAAUAUUAAUCUUACUUUGAAGCAGCUAGCUGGUGUUGCACAUGAUGUGGUUUUUAGGCUUUUGGAUAACUAAGGGACACUUUUGGGCGUUUUGGGCAGAGCGUUUAAAUACCUGAUAUCUCAUUGGCUGUUACACGUUUUCUGUUACAUGACUUAGUUUCCCGUAGGAUUCAGUUUAGUAUUCCUUAAUCAGAAACACUGAAAGUAAAUCUAAAGCUAAAGCCAGGAUUUGAAAAUAGAUGGCGCCUCUCGCUGCUGCUCUCCAUCUCCGUCCGAAGCCCCUCCCAUCAGCCGAGCACAGGCUGCAAAUGCAAACUUUUGGCUUCACGCAACAUCCAAACCCAUCUCUACAAGGUGAAAGUUAGAUUUCUAACCCACGGCACCAGUUUGUCUUUAUUUCUGUGCUGAUGUUCUCCUUCCUUUUUAUACCACUUUACCUGGUGUCGUUUGAAAGACCCGUGAUAGGCCAGAGUCUCCCUUCACGUGUCGCGUUUCGAGUGGGCUUUAGUGGAGAUGCAGCAAUAAAGCUCCCUCUAAGAUCAUUUGAAGCUAAAUAUGAUGAGAGGUUAAUAUAAAUGUUUUCUUUCUUUUUUUUUGUCCAAAAAAAUGCCGAAAACAUGUUGCCUAGCCCAGCUUUAAAUAUCAUUAUUUAUCCCUCUGUUGCCCUCGAGACCUGAAAUUGUGUAUUUGUGCAUAUAGAUGUAUGAUUUGAUUUCUUUAAAGAACGUGUUUCCUUAGGGCAUGACCACAAUUCAAUGAAGGGAAAGAAGCGGUGAUGGCUUCUUGAAGUUUUGGCACGCUCAAAGAAGCGGAUCAAUAUUGACAAGUGUUAUUAUGAAGCAGAAACUUGUCAGUGUUGUGCUGAUCAAUCUGUAGCAUCGUUUAUCCAUAUCUGGUCGCAGGACUUUUCCUUUUUACCUCAGUCUUGGUGUGAUAUUAGCAUAAUGGAAUGAAGUAAUAUAUUUUUUCUGGUACAACUAUGUUAGAGAGAAAGGGAACUAAGAGAAUUUGAGUAUAUCACUGUGCGCAACACAACAUUUACAUGGUUUGUUUUAUACAUUAGUGCGUUUUUCAGUAAUUGAAAGGUCAGGUGGUGAUAUUUUCGUGAGGUUUUAUCAUGAAGGGGAAGCAGUGUUGGUCUCAUUUAGGUUGCUGUUUGUUUUGUUUUUUUGUCUUUUAACUGCUGUGUUUUGAGCAGAACAAUCGCAAGAUGUUGUGUACCUGCCAUAUUUGUUUGUCAUUUUUUCAUGUUUGUAUAGAUGUGUCACAACAACCUGAUAACAGCCUAAAAAUGUUCCACUUUUUCGUUUGUUACCUUUUAAAUUGUUCCAAAGCCUCAGGCAUUCAUGCAGUAAACAAGUAAAUUGGAUAUGGGUUAAGAAAGAAACACAACAUUCACAAACAGUGAAGAGAAAACUGAAAUAUCAUCACCUUAAAGUAUUAAUUCAACUCGGCCACGCUUGAUGCUUUUUUCCCUCUUUUUUUUUUUU